UUUUUUUUUUUUUGGAUAAUCUAGUCUGUGUUUGCUCCCUCAGCCUCCCUGAAGAUCCUUUAGAGUGGCAAUGAAUUUAUAUAGCUCGGGUUCGAUAUUCCAAUGUUUUUGUAGUUUCCGCAUUUAGAGAUAAUUCGGGGAAUCAGAUAAACAUAAGAAGUGAAUCAAACACUGAAACAGGGAAAAGCGGAAACAAAUUUAUUUAUGUAUGAACAAUGUUCUUAUGACAUUUAUAUUCAAGUUAGUUGAAGCAUUAUGUCCCAAACUAAAAACUUGACAGAGUCCCACAACGGUCUUGGUCCUCCGAGGCGACGUCUGGCGCGGAUCCGAUGUCUUCUGGAAUGUAUUAAGUGUAUUCACGAGAAGAAGGCGCUACCAGUGUCGUUCUGCUAUGUGGCUUCAGAAGUAGAGUACAGGAGUCAGUGUAAAAUGACGAUCAAGCUGUACCCAGAACCCAGGAAAACAAAGAAAAUGGCGGGUUUCCAGCCCCGGGAGCUUCAGUUGACCUCAGAGUCCCGUCUGGUGGCCACGGGGGAGGAGUUCUGCGACACGCAGGGGAAAUGGCUGAAGCUCAGAAAGUACAAACUGAGUGCACUGGAAGGGUAUAAGGUGUUUGAUAAAGAUGUAUGGACCCUACAAUACAGCAACAAGUCAGUGGCAGAUGAUUCCCCUGCCAUUGUACCAGUAGAGAAGGACCUCAAGAAGACCAUCAUCAACAGCUGGGAGGAUGUAAUAGAGCAACACUUCUCUGUACAACUUGUGCCAGGCCGACACAAAAUAACACAGCCGGAGGAGGAGAGUGUGGUUCUGCUUAGAGAAAUCCCUCCCAGCUGGUCACUGGACCAUGAUGAAGCUCUGGUCCACCUCAUGUCUCAACACAUACCACCAGAAAAUGACCACCUGGGGAGCAUAAAAAACUUUGUGGAAUCAGUCCAUGUCUCUACUUUUGGUGAUGAUGACACUGGACCAUCAUGUCUGACUGACGGACUUCUGGACACGUACUGGGAAAGUGAUGGUAGUCAAGGCAACCACUGGAUCCGGCUCAAAAUGAAGAAAGGGACAGUUGUACUGAAGUUGCAGUUGACAAUAGAUGGGAGUGAUGAUAACUAUGUACCAUCUAAAAUUAUUGUUCAGGGUGGGGAGCAGGAUAACCUAAAAGUACUCAAUACAGUAGAUAUAGACAGGGAGAUCUCAGAAGUCGAGGAUAUUACGAUGCUAGAGAACUUGUCGGAACAUUACCCCAUCAUCACCAUCAACAUCAAGGAGUGCAAAGGUGGCGGAAUUGACACUCGUGUUAGGGGGCUGAAGAUCCAAUCUUCAGAGGGACGAUAUCUGGGGUUUGAUCGAGAUUUCUUCAAGGGAGAGAACUUGACCAGGUAUCCUAAAUUGGAGUCGUAUUCUCCAGACCAGCUGUACAGGCGAUCCCAGCUACUACAGAGAUUUGUGGUGAUCUUAGACAGUGUUCUCCAGUUCCUCGUCCCUGCUUGGGAGUACACUGUGGGGUCAUACAGUUCUAUGGAGCAUGUCAGACAGUUGUUGCCACUGUCCAAAAAAAGAUUAACCUUGAUUGAAAUGUUCCUCAAGGAGUCCUGUUUGGAGAGACCGAUAGAAAUGCCAAAACUGUUCAUAAAUCGUCGUGCAGCAAUGGAGCAUCGUUGUGACCCAAGUCUGGACCCCGAGUAUAAACACAGCAUAUUUCACCAGAUUUACGAAGGCCUGAAACCAAAGGAACGCAGCUCUAAACUCUUAAACUACAGGUGGUCCUCAAGGUAUGACCAGUGGUGGGAAUGUAAGUUCAUGUCAGAGGGGGUGAUAGACCAGGGAGGGGGCUUCAGGGACAGUUUGUCCGACAUCGCCGAGGAGCUUUGCCCCACAAAUGGGGAGGCACCCAUCCCUCUACCAUUCUUCAUCAGAUCACCCAACCAGUUUUGUGAUGAUAUCAAUGUAAACAGAGACACGUACAUUCCAAAUCCUUCGUGUAAAGAAUUUCUGAAGUAUGAGUGGAUUGGACAGCUGAUGGGGGCCUGCAUGAGGGGAAAGGAAAACCUGAUUUUGUCACUGCCUUCUUUUGUGUGGAAGAAGUUGUCAGGUGAAAAGACGACAUGGGCCAGGGACUAUGCAUCUGUGGACGCACCGGAGGUUUUCCUCAUUGACAGUUUACUACAGAUGAAAGAGAAAGAUUUUGGUGCCCUGGGUCGGAUGUGGAGCAUGACGCGGGCUGAUGGUACGUCAGUCACUAUCAAAAUGGAUGGAGACGGGAAUCCCGCUGAACUAAAGUUUGAGGAUCGGGAGGAUUACUGUACAACAGUGAAGGAAAUCAGAAUGAAUGAGUUUAAUUCACAGGUGAAAAUCAGAAUGAAUGAGUUUAAUUCUCAGGUAAGAAUUGGGAUGAAUGAAUUUAAUUCUCAGGUAAGAAUCAGAAUGAAUGAGUUUAAUUCUCAGGUGAGAAUCAGAAUGAAUGAGUUUAAUUCUCAGGUAAGAAUCAGAAUGAAUGAGUUUAAUUCUCAGGUAAGAAUCAGAAUGAAUGAAUUUAAUUCUCAGGUAAGAUUCAGAAUGAAUGAAUUUAAUUCGCAGGUAAGAAUCAGAAUGAAUGAAUUUAAUUCUCAGGUGAGAAUCAGAAUGAAUAAGUUUAAUUCUCAGGUAAGAAUCAGAAUGAAUGAAUUUAAUUCUCAGGUAAGAUUCAGAAUGAAUGAGUUUAAUUCUCAGGUGAGAAUCAGAAUGAAUGAGUUUAAUUCUCAGGUAAGAAUCAGAAUGAAUGAGUUUAAUUCUCAGGUAAGAAUCAGAAUGAAUGAGUUUAAUUUUCAGGUAAGAUGUUAAAGAUACAAGCAAUUACAAACCAUGCUUGAACUUGUUCUUGGUAUUUAGGAUUAAAAUAAAGACAUUUGGGCCCCAAAAAUUACUUUUAAUUUUUUUUUAAAUAAACUUUAUUUUGAGGGUUGUACAUCCAUCUUAUGUAUGUUUUUUCUAUAGAAAAUUGUUGGUAGUUCUAAGAUAUUACAUCAUAAAUAGUACACAUCUUUGUAUGAUUUUCUUUUGUGUAAAUAUACAACUUAUGAAGAAGAUUUAUGUUGUAUCUACUUAUAUAUCCUUUAAAGGUAUGCAUGGUGGAAAAUAUUCUUGUUUGAAAAGUAGCACUUUGUCAGUGAAAUAAUAAUAAAAAAAAAAAACGACAGAAGACAGUAGACUGCUUCAUUUCUAAUGUCAGAUUAUGAGAAAUGUUGCUAAAUCAUUGGUAAAUAUAUUGCUGGUUACUUUCUGACAUGUCAGUGAUUUUCAUAUUUAUCUGUUU